AUGUCCCAGCGAUCAGUCCGGCCUUUCUCCACCAUUUCGGGUGUUUACCCGGCAUAUCUGCCCAGUCUACACAGAGCUAGUCGUGUGGAAAAGAAGUUGUACGUUUCUUUCCCAUUUACUCCCGCUUGGCAUUGCAUGUUGCGGUUUUCGAGAAAGUCUUCCAAGUCCGACAUGUUGACGUUGAAAAGAGUUCCUGCUGCAGUCGCAACAGUUGGCAUUGGCUACGGUCUCGCAAAGUACAAACAGACUCGAAGUGAACAACAGCAUGCGCAACUACCACAGUCAGCAGCCCAGCGACAGGCAGAGCGACGACAAGAAGAAGAUGCAAUGUUGACUGCUUAUGGAGAUCGCUCAAGUUUAGCAGAGCUGGAAGCCGCGCUCGACGCUUAUGAGAAACAGCGAACACAGCGCUGA